AGUGUCUUUUCCCCUUUCCCCAUUCUGGACGCUCUGUUUUGAUAAGCUCGAGCGGCGCAGCACAGCAGGCGAUUCUCCCCGUCCAUGGCGAUUCUCGCCGCUCGAUUUUGAUUUUUGUUCCCUUUCUCUUCGAUCCCCAGUGUCGCGGUUGGUUGUUCCUCUCUUCCGCUCUCUUCCGCUCUCUGCCCGUGUGCUUUUUGCUUGCGUCUGGUUCUAGAUCUAGGUGAGUUCAUGUCGUCCCUGUCGUCGUGCCCCUGUCGUCUCGCGCACUGUUGUAGUUGUAGACGCAUGAUGUUGUUGACUCCCUGCUGGAGGUGGAGAUGCCUGAUUUGUCUGUGCCGUGCUUGUAGUUGUAGAUGCAUGAUUUUUGUUGACUCCCUGCCGGAGUUGGAGAUGCGUGAUUUGUAUGUCUUCCCGAGCACCUGUUUUGUAGUUGGAGAUGCAUGAUUUUAUGGUUGACCCCCUGCUGAAGGUGGAGGUGCGUGAUUUGUGCGCCUCCCCGCGCCGCUGAUAUAGUUGUAGAUGCAGUGGUUGUUUUCAUGUCUCCUGUCCACGGGUUGUUGUAGUUUGGGGGAUUGUGUAGAUGUGACCCCCCUUUAGGUGCGUGAUUCCACGGAUUUUUGUGUUCUGGUCUAUUACGUCCUGAUGAUUGCUGCUGUAUGCAUCUGUGUAGCUUGCUUUUGUGCCUAUACAGAGUUAGGUUUUUCUCAUGCUGAUGUGUAAUUGACUUCAGAUGUUUUGUAUGAUGUUUUGAGUUCAAGCAGGCAUGUAUUUUUGAGUUUAAUUUCAGUGUAAUUUGUGCCAGCACAUUCAGUGUAAUUUUCUGAAGGAAGUUGGGGAUUUGUGUACAUGCCCCCCUUCAUGUAUAGCACUUUUCAGUGUAUUCUAGCCAAUUUUUACAGUGUAAUCCUAGCGUAAUUUGUACCAAGUUUACAGUGUAAUUUGUCCUGCAUUUACAGUGUAAUGUACCCAAUGUUUACAGUGUAAUUUGUCCCAAAUUUACAGUGUAAUUUGUUCUGCACUUACAGUGUAAUUUGUUCAUCAAGGAAUUCAUCAUCUCCAUCUUGUCCAAAUUCAUGUUAUAGAACAGGUUUGUGUCCCAGGGAUUGGAUUCUCCUCCCCCAUCUUCGCUUGCUGGUAUUUCCUGAUGCAAUUCUGCCUCCAGUGUCUACAAACUGUCAUCUGAUUUGCUCCUGGAGUUUUCGUAGAUAGUUUCGGUAAUGUUCAUAGAUACCUCUCCUGAAUCCUGAAUGUACCUGCAAGGAAACUCCUUCAGUUUUUUGUUCUUGCAAGAGGUGAAGAGAGAUGAUGGAUGAGGGAGUUGGUGUUCGACUGUUUUUGCUGUGUGGUCCCUGAAUCAGGAGGGGGGUUUGUUUGUUCAGGACAAACCGGAUGGGAUGUUUACCCGACCCGUUUAGUGAUUUUACUGCUAAUAAAGGUGUACUGUGUUGAUUGGUCAGAAAAUUUGACUGUUUUCGAAUUGAAAAACAGUCAAAUGUCAAAUAAACAGUCAAAAAAUUGAUUGAACUUCUAGGAUAAACUGGGCAGGGAUAGCUUAUUCUACGAGCCGCCGAAAAAAGCCACCAAAUGAACUGGCACUAAACAAGCACGCCAAUCAACGGCGCCUGUUGAUUCCAGCGCACAUUUCCUUGUUUCUUCCCCCAUCCUUCGGCUCGGCUCGUCGAUCGGCGGCGAUGUCAGAGGAGGCGGCGAGGAGCAGGGUCCUGGUGGUCGGCGCCACCGGCCGCCUCGGGGGAAGCCUCGUGCGCGCGAGCCUCGCCGCCGGCCACCCCACCUUCGCGCUCAUUCGCCCGCACUACUUCGCUCUCCCCGACUCCGCCCCUCUCAAGCCGCUCGCCGCGGCCGGCGCCACCAUCCUCAAGGGGUCGCUGGACGAUUACUGGAGCUUGCUGGAAGCCGUGCGGCAGGUGGACGUGGUCAUCUGCGCGGUGCCCACGAAGCAUGCGCUCGAGCAGAAGCCUCUGAUUCGGGCUAUAAAGGAAGCUGGGUGCGUGAAGAGAUUUAUUCCGGCGGAAUUUGGAGUUGAUCACACAAAGGUGCAGAUUUGUGACAUGGACCAUGGCUUCUAUGAGAAGAAAGCUGAAAUCCGCCGUUUAAUAGAGAGCGAGGAUAUUCCUCACACGUACAUCUACUGCAACUUCCUGAUGCGCUAUUUGCUUCCUUCGCUAGUGCAGCCGGGUUUAGAUGCCCCUCCAAGAGAUGAAGUUACGAUAUUUGGUGGAGGAGAUACUAAAGGUCUGGUGAUAUUACUUCUCUCUAAUCUGCUGUCUGAUACCUGGAAUGUAAAAUGUUUCUUCCAUGUUCUGUUUUUUUCCCUCAAGGAAGAUUUUGUCUCUGCAGGUAUCUUCGUUGAAGAGGGCGAUGUGGCUAAAUUUACGGUGUGUACCAUAGAGGACCCCAGAACAUUAAACAUGACAUUGUAUCUGAGACCUCUGGGAAAUAUCUACUCACUGAAUGAAUUGGUUAGCCUCUGGGAGACAAAAAUCAACAAAUGCCUAAAAAAGAUACAUAUAACUGAAGAGCAACUCCUUAAAAACAUUCAGAAUGCACCGUUUCCUCUGAAAAUGGAUUUGAUAUUUAUAUAUUCAGCUUUUGUUAAGGGUGAUCACACGUAUUUUGAAAUUGACUCAAGAAGUGAAGGAACUCAACUGUAUCCUGAUGUAAAGUAUACCACAGUUAGCGAGUACUUGGAUACACUAGUUUAGAAUGUUGGUGAUCUGUAUGUUGCUCAUAAGUACCAACCUUUUGUUUCAAUUGACAUUUUGAAUGAUGAUGAGAAUGAUGAAUGUGUUCCAAGUUCUUGUGCUCACAUUUUAAUGUGUUCCGGUCCCUUUUCUGUUCUCUGAAAGAAGUGGGGAGUGAUGAAUAAGCAUCGAGUUCUGUAUGCUCAAUAAAUAUAUGAAGCCGUCAGAUGUUCUUAUUA